UAUAUGGUAUAUAUUAAAGGUUGAAUUUUGUGUACGUUGAAGUUACCCAAUUGCAGUACUCAAUUUGACAACAAGUGUUUAUUUACAAAUUCAAUUAUUUGUAAAGUCUGGCUACGUAUGGAGUUCCAGCUGGUUUUGUUAUUAUUCGUACUUACAAAAUUAUAGAAACUUUUACUUUUGGACUAUUUAGUACAGCAGGUUUAGAAAUAAAGAAUUUGUCAUGGAUGAUACGGAACUUACAAGGUUAGCAAUAGCUGAAAUAGUGCGCGAAAUGGGUGAGGUUAAAGAGCCCGCUGUGCAGGAGCGCAAGAUAAAUCCGAUAGCAAAGGCAAACAAGCGAUUCCUUGGACGUACGCUGAAUUCAGUGUUGUCACAUAACAAACGUAAAAAUGACCGAACUCAGGAGAAUUGCAGAAGAAAGCUGAAAGAACUCGAUGAGAGGCGUGAAAUAAUUAAUAGAAUGAAAUCUAGAAGUCGAUCUGGCAGUUGGGAACUUGUAUUGAGUAGCUCCUCAGAUGAAGGUAAUUCCAAGGUUGUGAGGAAACGAAAACAACAUGAAAGAAAAAUUAGAAAUAAGAAGCACAAAAAGCUUAAAAAGAGGAAACAUAAAACUAAGAAAAACAGACGUGCAAGUAGUAGCAGCAGUGAGAGUAGUAGCGAAAGUAGCUCUACUACAAGCCGCAGCAGCGGCCGAACUAAGAAAAGUAAAUUACGGAAGAAAUCUAAAUCCAAAAAGCGUAAGAUUCUGCAACCUGAAAUGAACACAAAUGAAUAUGCUACAGAGGAAACCUACUAUGAACCAGAUAUAAAUGCUGCAAUAGAAUUUGAUGCUGCCCUAAUGGCCAAUAAUUACCGGCAACAUCAAAUACAGCAACUGUUAUAUUAUAACGCUUUAAUGGCAGGUCACGAAACCACCGAAAUUGACGCCUUAAAAGAGGAAUUGCGUAUUAGUGACGCCGAAGUAAGUGAAACCCGAAAAGAAAAUGUAUCUAUUUGUAGUGCUGUAUCGUCAUUGAACUUAAAUGAAAGUGAUUCCGAUGGCAGUGAAAUGCUGCAGAUAAGUCUAUCAUCUGCCACAUCGAGUAAUAGUGAAAAUAAAGGUAACACAAGUAUAAAAAACAUGAAAGUGAAAAGAAAAUAUACGGAGGAGCGAUUAUCUAGUGAUAGUUCGGAUGCAGUUAUAUGGGAAUUAGACUCGGAUAGUUCAAACGGUGAUAAAAUAUUAGAAAUAAAAGGUGAUUUAGAAACAAAAGGUGGUUCAGAAAAUCAAACUGAAAAUGACGAUUGUAUUUGUAUAACAUCCGAAUCUGAAACAACUACGGAUGGUGACAGUGAGUCGGAAAGUUCAACUAACGAAAAUGAUAUCGCAAGUGCAAAUAUUAUACAUAACAAUGUUUGUCACGCUGCAGCGGAAACUGUUACACUUCUCAGCUCGUCUGAUAGUGAAGUCGAAAUUAUAACUCUAAAUGGAGCUGAUGAAUCUGCGCAAAAAUUAGACGACUCAUUUAUGGCAGCAAUAACACCUCAGUCUACAGAUUUAACGCCCGCAUCUGAGCAACAAACGCAUUUAGUUUUAUGUGUAACUGAGACUAAUGGAAUUUCCAUACCAAAGGAAAGUCUAUCGACAGUUAUAGAUGAUUCGGUUGUUACAGCGACUGAUAAGACUUCAAACUUGUCAGUUGACGUAAACUCAUUAAUAACUACUACCGAGUGUUCACCAUUGCUAAUAAAAAUUGGUGCAACGGAAAGUGAAAUGCCAAUAUGUGAAGUGCAACAACCAUUAGCUUUAAUGCAGGAAACUGAGAAACUGGAAGCCAACGAGAGUACAACACUCACAUUAGUAGCACCCACCAACCAUAUUAUCGAAGCACUGUGUGAACCAAAUUUAACUGACGUGACAACUGCUGGUACAGAUGUUGAGACAACGGCAUUGAAAUUGAAUUUUGAUUCACUGGAAGCCGACGAGAGUACAUCAACCACAUUUGUAGCGGCCGCACACCCAAUUAUUGAAGUACAGUGUAAAUCAAAUUCAAGUGACAUGACUACUGUUGGUACAGAAGUUGAGGCAACGACAUUGAAAACGAUUUACGAGCAAAAAAACAUUAUAUCGGAAGCUGAAAUUAGCAAUAAGAUAGACAAUGUGCCGUUAAUGGAGUCAGUAGACGAAAUACCACCAAAUUUAUUACCCUCAUCACCAACUGAUCCUUCAGUAAGUUCAUCGCCUGCAUUAUCGUCGCUAACACCUAUAACUACCAUAGAUAAUACAGAAUUGGAUUUAGGUUUAAUACAAAAUCAAUCAGCAAUAAUUGCGUCCGAGUCAGUUGAUGAGCAUAUUUCAUCCUAAUACUUUUAGUAGGCUCCUCAGUAUUUGAACAACAUAUAACAGAAAAUAUUCAAUUUACUUUUGUAUCUCAAAUAAUAAUAUUUAUAAUUUUUGAUGUGAAUUUUGCAACAAUAAAACGGUUGUUCAAGUUACUGAGAGUGUACAGUUAAGUGAAAUGUGCGAGCGACACAAUGUCAUUGUAGUUUUAGAUUGUAAUUAUUAAGUUUCAUGUAUGUAUGUAUUUACAUAAAUUAAUAUAAUUAUAGUAAAAUUAUGUAAAUAUGAAUUUUAAGAAUAUAUUUCUAUGAAAACAGUUCUUUUUUUUUAUUUUUUUUUUCAUUUGGUUAGCUUGAACAUAUCUGAUUAUUAUUAAACUUAGCAAAGGGGUUAUGCAUUGCUAAUGUUAGUAAUGUAGUUUUUUUUAAUUUCAUUUAAAACUUCGAAUUAUCGUUGGAAUUAAUAACUUCAUACCAUUGUACAAAGCUCAUUAUAUAAAUCUAGAUUAUACAUGCUUUAUACAAAAUUGUACUGGUUGGCAACUCGACCGUGACUUGUUGACGUUGGUCUGUCAGCUGAUUCUGUUUACCAAUUAAUUUCAUUUAUUUUUAUCCUUAGUAAUUUGUAUUUGAAAGAAUUGUGCCAAAAUAUCGCCAGCAUAAUGUUUGGAGGCUUACGCAAGAAACUAAAUAGCGUUAUCCAGGAGGGACUUAUCAUUACAGACAACUUACAGCAACAGUAUCGGCAAAGCCGAACUUCUUCCGCCAGCAGUAGUGCGACGACACCCACUUUAGAUGAAAGUAUACACAGCAAUCGCAGUUCCAGCUCUUUUGGGGGGCAACUGCCGGGAAGUGAUGUGAUACUGCCCGGAGAUGUGAAUAUGGCGGCGGGUUGCAAUUUACUUGCGAAAUACGAAGAUGCGUGGAAAUUAAUGCAUGAAGCGAAUGAGAAUAAUGUGACAAAAGCGGCACAAGUUGCCAAACAAAUCGAACGAAUUGGACAAAGUACAAAUGUGCUACAUACCGAUAUGACUGAUUUAGCAACUUGCUUAGCAGGUAUACCCGCGUUGGUCGCCAAAUUACACGAAAGCUUAGAAACAUUGCAAAUUGUUAAUAAAUUAAGCGCAACGGUAGAAACGGAAUUGGAACGUUUGGAAGACUUAUGUGAGGAGUGUGAACUGCAAGAGUUCAUGCUAAAUAAGCAAUGUGAAUUAUCACAAUUUAAACAAAUGAAAAUGGUUGAAUUAGAAUCUUAUCGACAAUGUGUUGCUGCAAAGCAUCAAGAAAGGAUAAGACAACAUGAACAAAGCUUACGGCGCAUACAACGCGAAAGGCAAGCAGUAUUUGAUGAUGCAUUCCGUGGCGAUUUGGCUGAAUUCAAGUCAAAAGGUGCGCUAACCAAAAUCCAAAAGGAGGAGCCGUCAGUGUCAAUUGCACUCGAGGAAGUUGUUUUGGAAGACAACACCACCAAAGAUGCUCUCGAAGAUUUUCUUAAUGGAUAACGAAUUAUAUUGCUAUGCACAUAGUUAUCGUGUAUAUACAUACAUAUAUAUAUAGAACAAUUUCAUUGAAAUUAGUGCCUUUUACGUAGUUGAAUAUUUUGCUCAUAUAUGCGUAUUAUUUAUAUUAUUAUAUGCAGUUUUGCAUUUCACAUUUACAAAAUACUAAUUAAUGUAAGAUAAAUAAAAAUCUCAACAAUUA